AGAAGCUGCUACGUGGCGACCAAUAACGGUACACCACAUGGAACGUUCCUGGUUUCGACCAGUCGCGUCGACGAGUGGCACGGGUCAAGUUUCUACGAUGUUCUCCGCGCAGCGAAAUGCUGCAGGUCCUCAGUAGGAUUACAUCAGCUGAAAAACCCAUACAUACGACACGGAGUUCCGGUGUUAUGUAUAUGCAUCGACUGCAUCGUCUCAGUCGUUUACGAACGGUCGAAGGAUCGAGAAGUUUAUGGAGAGAUAAGACGGUGAAUUUUUGAGUAAAACGAGUGACCAUAGUCCAGCGUUCGAGUUCUUUUUAUGGCUGAUUAUUAUGAGCGUAGUGAAAAGUGUUAUUAUCACGCUGCCUAAGGGCUUUCCGAAGGCUCCCGGCGUAAUAUCAGCCAACGAAUUGUCGAAAUCCGCGUCGAAAUUCAAUUUCACUACGAUACUGACCGACAAGUCUAGAAUGGAUUCGAAGAAGAUCGCUAAACAGGAAGGGAUCGCGGACGACGGCGCUUUGUUCAAAACGGACGUCUGCGUUCGCGGUAAGAAGCGACGGCUGGAUCACUUGACGUGGGAAGAGAAGCUACAGAGGAAGAAGCUGAAGAACAGGGUGGCGGCUCAAACCUCGCGGGAUCGGAAGAAGGCGAAACUCGAUGAAUUGGAGGAAACUGUUCGGGCAUUGAGGGAACAGAAUGAUUUAUUGGUACAAGAGUGCACGAUGUUGAGGUCACAGAACGAUGUACUGGUCACCGAGGCGAAACGAUUGAGGAAGGAGAGAGAAGCGAAGAACACGGGAGAAUUCGUUUGCUCGAUGUGCCAGAGUCGUGUCAGCUGUGCUGUAUCCUCGCUGGGAUCUACAGUGUCCCCCACUCACCCUCUGCAGCAGGGUGGAGCAGCGCAGCUGGCACCGUCUCUGACGCUAACGCCAGGAGCAACGGUUCUCCUGAAGAUACUGACCAUUUACCUCCUCUUGAAGAACUGUUUACCGACCUCCAAGGGGACGAUUACAUCGAGCGACUCGAAGAGCUUGCAGAGAGCCUUCUGCGAGAGGUUACCGCAGAAGUGGAAGCAAAUCCUCAUAGAACAACUGAACAAGUAUCAGGCACGGAAGAUACCGCUGAGGAACGUGACCAUUCAAAAGGAGUGGUGGGGCAGGCACCAGAAGAUGUGGAAGCCGAUGGAACCUGUGGAGGCGUGAGCACGCACCGAUCUUGGCAUCCUGUUUCUAGCAUUACCAGUACUACUACGUCUCACACCGCGAACACGAGCGCACCUGUGUCAAUAAAGCCCGAA